AUGAGUGUUAAAGUAUAAUUAAUACAUUAACAAUGGGAUGAGAUUAGGAAAGUCUUGAGAGCUACUUAAAGAAAAUUUACAAUUAGUAAUAAUCUAUCUCUUACAAAUUGUAUUCCUAUAAAUAAAAGCUAAGAUUAAGCCAAAAAAGAAGCAAAUUUUUCUGAUAAUGAAUGGGAAUUUUACAAUAAUAACCCCAAUGCUUUAUUAUUAUUAAAAGAUACUUGUCGAAGUGUAUUUAUUCGAUUAAUUUUUAGACACAAGGCGAAAGUUUUAUUUGAGCUAAAGAAGAAGAGAACUAUCUUCUUAAAAUGAUUAAGAAUUUUAUAGUUAAUUACAAAGUAGAAGAGAAUAAGUGAAGAAGCAAAGAAUUCUAUAUAGCAAUGUCAUCAAUUUGGAAAAAGCUAUAAAAUAAGUAACAAUACCUAAAUCAAGUUAAACAAGACCUUCAACAAGGGUUAGAUAAAAUAGUUAAGAGAUCUAAUUAAAUAAAAAUAACUAAAUGAAAUAAAAUUAAAUGGAUAAAAAUAAAACAAAUAAAGUUAUUCCGAUUGAAAAUUAAUAAGGUUAAUUAAAUAGUGAUAAUAAAAAAGCUAAGAGGAAUUCUAAUAAUUUUUGGCAUAAAAUAAAAACUCCAACUAAUAAUAAUAAGGAUCAUAUGAAUCAAAUUUUGAAAAAAAGAUUCAAAAAUAACAAUGAUAUGUCUUUGGAUAUAUGUUGCUUCAAUUAUGAAUCAUUGUCAUUAUUAAAUUAAGUAAAGACUCCUACUUUAUAUAAUUAAUGA